ACCAUGUCAUUUGUGUCAAGGUUUUCUCUGGGUGGUAGUUAUAAUGUGGAAAGUGCUUGUUCUGUCCUACUACUAAUUUUUUUCCAGAGAUAUAUGCACAAUAACUAAGCAGGAUUUUUUUUUGCAAAUAAAAUGAUCCAGGGGCGAGUGUUUGUCAAAGUGGUUAAGAUGCUACUCAGGACACCUGCAUCUCAGAUUGCAGUGCCUGAGUUCAAGUCCCCGCGCUGCUCCAAAUUCCAGCUUCCUGCUAAAGCAGACCCAAGGAGGCAGCAGGUGGUGGCGUGAGUGGUUGGGUCCCUGCCAUCCAUGUGGGAGACCUGGACUGAGUUCCCAGCUCCUGCCUUUGGCCUGAUCUGGCUCUGGUUAUUAUGGUCAUGUGGGAAGUGAACUAGCUGAUGAGAACUUCUGUCUGUCUGUCUUUGUUUUUCCCUGCCACUCAAGUAAAUGAAUUUAAGAAGAAGAAGAAGGAGAAGGAGAAGGAGAAGGAGAAGGAGAAGGAGAAGGAGAAGGAGAAGGAGAAGGAGAAGGAGAAGAGGAGGAGGAGGAGGAGGAGGAGGAAGAAGGGGAAGAAGAAGGGGAAGAAGAAGGGGAAGGGGAAGGGGAGGAAGAAGAAGAAGAAGAAGAGGAGGAGGAGGAGGAGGAGGAAGAAGGGGAAGAAGAAGGGGAAGGGGAAGGGGAAGAAGAAGAAGAAGAAGAUUAUCCAGAUGGUUGGUGAAGAACAGAGUCUAUAUUGCUUCAUGGACACGACCAUCAUACCUACCGAGUGAGACAAGCUGGGUUACUGCUAUUGCUACUGAAAAAGAGUACAACUGAGUAUUAAAGAAAAAGUUUAGUUGGGAUGUUGAGCACAAAGUGACAAGGAGCAUAAUUUCUCUUCCUGGAGGACAGUGAAAGGAGUCGACACAGCCGAAGCCUGGGAGACCAUGGUGACAAGACAGCGCUCGCUUGCCUGCUCCUGGCCUGGAGUGGUUCUCCGGACUAAGUAGGGGGGAGAGGUAAUUGGAGAAGCAGUGACAGCAAGGAUAUUGGUGGGUCCUGAGUAACAGGAACAGGCCAGAGAUGUGAUUUUUUUUUUUAAGCAAUGUAAAUUUGGGGGCUUGGGAGGAAAGCACAACCCAUGGUCCUUUCCCAGGUGAGACCCAUAGAGACAGCUAGCAGCCGGGAAGUGACUCUAGAUAGAGCCGUGGACAGUCUCUAGGCUCCGAGCCCCAGCAUGGUGUGGGAACAACAGGAUACUUCUUUGGCAUCUAGGAAUAGGAGGAACGUCAUGGGGAAAGCCGCAGUCACGGGGUUUGCAAUCUUCCCUAGAAUGUUCCCAAAUUCUCCACGUGUGUCCAUGUGACCCAGGAGGCUGCAGGCAGUUGUCUUGAUCAGCUCACAGUGCCGGGGGCUUACAGCACCAGACACUUCCUUCCCACGGCUCUGAAGGCUGAAGGCCAUGGUCAGGUGUUGGUGAGGGCCUUCAUGAAUGUCUCGAUGCAGCCUCACCCAGAGCAAAGAGGGCAGCCCCCUGGAAUCCCUUUAAAGGGCGCUAGUACCACUGGCGAGGGGUCCAGUCUGACGCGUGAAGUUCAGAAGGGACCCGGACAUCCAGGAUGGACACAGUGUAGACAAGGAUGUCCCCCCUCCCCACCAGGGCUGGACGACCGGCACCCUCAUCAACACACUCGCGGUCCACAGGCACUUCCCUGACCUGGGUCUACAUUCUGAGGAGUGCUUUCCUCACUGGGACUCUGAAGUUUCACAAGGGGGGGCGGGGGUCCGGGUGAAAACAGCAGCCCGACGGUCGUGAUACAAGCUAGAGAGAGGCCUCAUGAAACAGAGAUAGGCGGACUGACCUCCGUAGCCAUCUUAGAGACUCUGCAUCUUAUGUUGUUUUUUUUUUGUUUUGUUUUGUUUUGUUUUUUAAGAUUUAUUUAUUUGAAAGGAAGAGUUACAGAGAGGCAGAGGCAGAGAAUCAGAGAUCUUCCAUCCUCUGGUUCACUCUCCAAAUGGCCACAAAGGAGCUGGGCCGAUCCGAAGCCAGAAGCCAGGGGGCUUCAUUCGGGUCUCCCAUGUGGGUCCAGAGGCCAAAACACUUGGGCUAUCCUCCACUGCUUUCCCAGGUGCAUUAGCAGGGAGCUGGAUCGGAAGUGGAGCAGCUGGGACUCGAACUGGCGCCCAUGUGGAAUAGCAGCACUACAGGUGGCAGCUUUACCGACUACACCACAGCAGCAGCCCUGACUGCGCCUUUGAAUGAACAGAGUGAAGAAUCCCAGGAGACUUGGCACUGCAGUCUUGGGGUGGGGACUAGGACCUGGGCCAUCAGGGGCGAGCUGAGCCCGCUGUCCACCUGCAGGACUGGGAGGCCUUUGGGCUGCUUGUGGCUGACUGAAGGUAAGAGGCCCUCACCUUGACAA